AUGACGGCGACCACUAGAGAUGGCCAUAAGAGCUCCAAGGACAAGGAACAAUUUGAUCACAUGGUGGCUUACCCAGUGAGCAAGUCUGCACAAGUCAUGUUCACAUUGUACCUUAACGAUAAGUUGAAAUCCAUCAAUUCCAACGUCGAGGUGUUAGCAGCACAUCCUGGCAUAGUGGAUACUGACAUAUUCAAUGAAACUACUGUGAGAAAAUUUAAACUGCAAUUUCGCAAGGCCGACACACUAAAAAGUCGAAGUACGAUAGUUGUGACCUUCAGCCCACGAAUAAUUGACAGUUGUCUACCUCCCGACAACCUUCCAGUUGGUGCACCUGCAGACUCGUCUUCUGUUCCUUAUUGUGUGCUGUGUGUUGUUGUGAUUUAUUUGGUCCUGAAGUACUGCUGUUGGAUUUCAUUCAGGAAUUCCAGGAACGUUUGUUGUGAAGAGGUUUUGGAUGAAGCGAAAACCAUGAGUACAUCUACCUAUUUCCAAAAGUGGUUCAACUACUUUACUUGUUAUUGUUUGGGACCAUGUUACGCCAUUCUAGAUAUUGUCAUCAACUAUUGGAAUAACACUACUUUCGAACUGGACGACCGCAAGGGACAAGUAGCAGUUAUGAGUGGAGGGCACAGAGGGAUUGGAGCAUUCGUCACCAGAGACCUUCUUAAAACUGACAUGCAUGUUAUACUGGGAUGCAGAAGAAUAGAAGAUGGAAGGAGGUUUGUUAGCAGUCUGCGAGAACGAGGUGUGACUGGCGGAAAAGUUACCAUUUUGUCUCUGGACUUGGCUUCCCUGGAGUCAGUCAGAAACUUCGCGGAGGCGGUCCUCAGAGAGACUUCUGUUAUAAAUUAUCUCAUAAAUAAUGCAGGUAUAAUAACGUCUGAGUUUAAAGAAACUAAAGAUAAGUUCGAGUCACAUUGGCAGGUGAACUAUUUGGGUCACUUCCUCCUCAGCCACUUGCUGUUGCCAACACUCCGGUCAUCCCCUGGCCACCCCAAGAUUGUCAAUGUGUCGAGUGUAGCACACAACACUGUCUGGAGCAUCCCGUAUCAAACUUUGAAUGAUAAGGAACAGUUUGAUCACAUGGUGGCUUACCCAGUGAGCAAGUCUGCACAAGUCAUGUUCACAUUGUAUCUUAACGAUAAGCUGAAAUCCAUCAGUUCCAACGUCGAGGUGUUAGCAGCACAUCCUGGCAUAGUGGAUACUGACAUAUUCAGUGAAACUACUGUGAGAAAGUACUUCUCCAUCAUUUCACGACUAUUUUUUAAGACAACGGAGCAAGGAGCAAAACCUAUUGUCUACGCCAUACUCUACGGGAAAGGAGGGGAGUACAUAGGAAACUGUGCUCCACAAUCUCCUUCAUCUACAUCUAGAGAUUCAUCUCAGCAACUGCAACUGUUUGAUCACUCCAAGAAUUCGUUGGGAAUCUCCUUAUUUGGAAAUAUUUUUUGAGACAAUAAGAUCGUGUUUUUAAACUAAUUGAUUAAGGAUUGUGUUUCUGCAAGAUAGUGAGGUAGAUAGAAUAGGACACUGUGAGUAUGUAUGGAAGAGGGCGUAAUAAUUAUCAGGUAAUGCUGUUAUCUUCAUUGUCUACUAUAUUUGCCAGAACCACAAUCAGAUGAAAUAAAACCACAAUGAUGUACCAAAUUCAAUAAGCAAAACCACAUGUAGCACAAACAUUGAUUCUUUAAACUGUUUUGGUUGUCAUGUUUCUGGUUAUUUCUUUGAGGUGUUAUCUAAAGUAUAUCAAACAUACAUCUUUACCAUAAAUCACACAUCUUUAUUUUGAAUUAAGUGUCAAUCCUCCUAUUUGGAAAAAAAGGAACUUCCUUGGAUAAAAAAGUUUUAUAUAAGAAAAUGUUUUUAUCACAUAUUUUUGUCUAUUAAAAUAUUAUGUAGACACUGUAUUACUAUUUAUGAUAAAAAAUAAAGACCGUGUCGUCAAUUAAAAUUAAAAUCGUUAAUAUUAAGUUAGUCAAUUGAUAUAAUAUUAUAAGUAGACUAACUUUAGCAUUCUCUUCCUCUUAUCAUGAUAUUUAGUUAUAUAGCUCUCUUAAGGUUACAUCAGUAUUAUAGCUAGUGCACUAUUUCUGUUAAUAAUUUGUGAGAUCUUAAGAUGAAAAAGGUUGUAGAACCUUAUAAUACACCCUGUUUGUGUUCAGGCAAAUCUCUUACAGGUGAAAUGCCACUUUAAGUAUUAUUUUAUUUUAGUGUACAGUGUGUAUGGCAUAUGGCAGUAUGUCAAAUGAAUAAAUAACUUUUGUCAUGAGAGCUCUUUGUUCUUAUACAAAACUUCUACAUUCUAAACAAUUCCUAUUAAACAUAAUGCUUCAAGAUGUCAUAACUUUAAUUAUUAUUGACAUUAACUGAAUUAAAAGAAAUAUAAUUGUAAAUAAAUAACUAUAAUUAAGUAUUUAGAAAAUA